UCUUGUUUUCUUUCUCUCUCUCUCUCUCUCUCUCUCUCUCACACACACACACACACACACACACACAAUGUGUAUAUCAACACAAAUGUGCACUUGCAGCACAAGAUGAUGACUGUGUACCAAAUUUUCUAAAAAAAAAAAAAACACUUAACCUUUGCAGGAAUAACCAUGUAGCUGAAACUUUGCCUCUGAGACUUGCUUCUUUUUUGACUGUGUGUGAUCUUUGACCUCUCAUGUUUCAGAUCCAUCCUAAACAUGGAGAGUGCUUGGCCUUUCUCCAGAAAGAACCUGUGAAGGAACCACAGAGCUACUGAAUUUCAACUGCUGUCACUCAUUCAGGAGAUACUUCAUCAUUGUGUGCUGAUGAUUUAUUCAUCAACGCAUUUACAUUAAUAUUGUGUGCGCAUGUGUGUGUGUGGUGUAUGUGUGAGGAUAUGAGCGGUGGAGUGUUUCGUCAGGUUUCACCACCAUGCUGCUUCUGAGAUGCAGGGAUGAGAGCGCGGCUGGACGUACACAAGGUCUCUCACUCCUCCUCCAUCAUGCUUGUUUAUGGUCGCUGCUGUUUGUCCCCGCCCCCUCUGGGACAGUGGGCGUGUCACAUAUCACUAACCCCACCUUUACCCAGUUUUCCCCGCCCUUUUUUAUUUUCGCUUCAUACUUUCCUACUACUUCUUCUCCUUCUGCUGGUUUCGUCUCCUGGCUGUCAAUCACGACGGGACCGAGGGUCCGGGGGCGUGACCAAUUACAUCCCAGGGGCGUGGCCUGACCCGGGUCUCGAGCAGCGGCCGUGGUCCAAGCAGUGGGUGGGGUCGAAGCUGCUGCAGGGCCUCACCAUCGCUGUGGUCCUGGUGGGAAACUCGAGCGAAGUGACUCUUUAUGGAACAAGGGAUAACAAAGAGGAGUGGCGGGAUCAAGGGAACGAUGGGUUUGUGAACGAAGGGGUAGGGAACGUUGAAGUGGUGCGGAUGAACGAGACGGACCCAAGCAGCAUUAUCAAAAGCGUGUGUGAUCUCAUGACUCAGCACUGGCUUCAGGGAGUUGUGUUCGGCGACGACACGGACCAGGAGGCCAUCGCCCAAAUCCUCGACUUCAUCUCCGCACAAACACACACACCCAUCCUCGGAGUGAAGGGAGGAUCGUCCAUGAUCAUGGCAGCUAAGGAUGAUAACUCCCUGUUUUUCCAGUUUGGUCCAUCUAUUGAGCAGCAGGCCUCAGUGAUGUUGAACAUUAUGGAGGAAUAUGAUUGGUACAUUUUCUCCAUCGUCACCACCUACUACCCCGGAUACCAGGACUUUGUCACCAAGAUCCGCAGCACUAUAGAGAACAGUUUUGUGGGCUGGGAACUGGAGGAGGUUUUACUGUUGGACAUGUCCGUGGACGAUGGAGACUCUAAAAUCCAGAACCAGAUGAAGAAGCUCCAGAGUCCCGUCAUCCUGCUCUACUCCACCAAAGAGGAAGCCAACAUCAUCUUCGAGGUGGCACACUCUGUCGGGCUCACAGGAUAUGGAUACACCUGGAUUGUACCAUCUCUGGUGGCGGGGGACGCUGACCACAUUCCUCCAGAGUUCCCUACAGGUAUGAUCAGUGUGUCGUAUGAUGAGUGGGAUUAUGGGUUGGAGGCACGUGUGCGCGAUGCUGUGGCUGUUAUUGCCACGGCAACGUCAGCCAUGAUGAUGGAUCGUGGACCUCACACACUUCUGAAGUCUGAGUGUCAUGGAGCCCCAGAAAAGAAGAGCACAGGAAACACUAACGAAGUGCUCAGGUAUUUGAUGAACGUAACGUUUGAAGGUCGUAAUCUGUCGUUCAGUGAGGACGGAUAUCAAAUGCAUCCCAAACUCGUCCUCAUCCUACUGGACAAGAACAGGCAGUGGGACAGAGUGGGGAAGUGGGAGAAUGGCUCUCUGUCAAUGAAGUAUCAUGUGUGGCCACGGUUCGAGCUGUACUCGGGGGAGGAGAGUCGCCAUGACGACCACCUGUCAAUCGUGACUCUGGAGGAGGCGCCGUUCGUCAUUGUGGAGGAUGUCGACCCUCUGAGUGGAACCUGCAUGAGGAACACUGUACCCUGCAGGAAACAGCUGAAAAUACGUAAUCAGACAGGUGAAUCUGGCAUGUACAUAAAACGCUGCUGUAAAGGGUUCUGCAUCGACAUCCUGAAGAAGAUCGCCAAGUCUGUAAAGUUCACCUACGACCUUUACCUCGUCACUAAUGGCAAGCAUGGCAAGAAGGUCAAUGGAACCUGGAACGGCAUGGUGGGAGAGGUGGUGGUGAAAAACGCUCACAUGGCUGUUGGUUCUCUCACUAUAAAUGAGGAAAGGUCGGAGGUCAUCGACUUCUCUGUGCCUUUCAUUGAGACUGGAAUCAGUGUCAUGGUCUCCCGUAGCAACGGCACUGUGUCACCAUCGGCAUUCCUGGAGCCCUUCAGUGCAGACGUGUGGGUGAUGAUGUUCGUCAUGCUGCUGCUGGUUUCUGCCAUCGCUGUGUUUGUGUUUGAGUAUUUCAGUCCUGUGGGCUACAACCGCUGCCUUGCCGACGGAAGAGAGCCUGGUGGUCCUUCAUUCACUAUUGGAAAGGCGAUCUGGCUGCUGUGGGGUUUGGUGUUUAACAACUCGGUUCCUGUGCAGAACCCCAGAGGAACUACCAGUAAGAUCAUGGUGUCCGUGUGGGCUUUCUUUGCUGUGAUCUUCCUGGCCAGCUACACUGCCAACCUCGCAGCUUUCAUGAUCCAGGAGGAGUACGUCGACCAGGUCUCAGGCCUCAGUGACAAAAAGUUCCAGAGACCUAAUGACUUCUCUCCUCCGUUUCGGUUUGGGACUGUGCCAAACGGCAGUACAGAGCGGAAUAUCCGUAACAACUAUAAGGAGAUGCACUCGUACAUGGUGAAAUUCCACCAGCGCAAUGUGGAUGAAGCUCUGCAGAGCCUGAAAGCCGGGAAGCUGGACGCGUUUAUAUACGACGCUGCCGUGCUGAACUACAUGGCGGGUCGUGACGAAGGCUGCAAGCUGGUGACGAUCGGCUCCGGGAAAGUGUUCGCUUCGACCGGAUACGGCAUCGCCAUCCAGAAAGACUCGGGCUGGAAGAGACACGUGGACCUGGCCAUCCUGCAGCUGUUCGGAGACGGAGAGAUGGAGGAGCUCGAGGCGCUCUGGCUCACAGGGAUCUGUCACCACGAGAAGAACGAGGUGAUGAGCAGUCAGCUGGACGUGGAUAACAUGGCAGGUGUGUUCUACAUGCUGGGGGCGGCCAUGGCCCUGUCGCUAAUCACCUUCAUUGCCGAGCACAUCUUCUACUCACACCUGCGCUUCUGCUGCAUGGGAGUGUGUUCUGGAAAACCCGGCCUCACCUUCACCAUCAGCAGGGAAGUGUACAGCUGCAUCCACGGUGUUGAGAUUGAAAACAAGAGUUCAGCUCUGAAUUCUCCUUCAACCACCAUAAACAACACGCACUCCAACAUCCUGCGUCUGCUGCGCACAGCUAAAAACAUGGCAUCCUUGUCCGGGGUGAACGGCUCCCCCCACAGCGCACUCGACUACCUACGCCGCGACUCGUCCGUCUAUGACAUCAGCGAUCAGCGGCGUCACUCGGAGUGCCGGGUGCCGUACCUGUCCGAGAACAGUGACAAUAAUGCAUUUAGUGACUACAUCGAUCAGGUCGAGCGCACCUUCGGAAACCUGCACCGCAACGAGAGUGACCUAUACCUGCACCGACGCUCGGGCUCUGUCCCUGGCCCCGCCCCCAGCCUGGGUUCUGGCAGCUCAUUGGAUGGUGCCAUUUUUGACUGCUCCGCCCUCACACACAGGAACAUGAGCAACUUUGACCUGCUGCAGGGACAUGCGCCACUUGGACUGCCAGAGCCAUACAGGAAGUUCUCCUUUAAAGGUGGGACUUCAGGCUACAUCCCUGCCUAUGAUCGCUAUGGCGAUGGAGACAACAUGUCUGACAUUUCCACUCACACCAUAACCUACGGUAACCUGGAGAGCGACAGCAGAAAGAGAAAGCAGCAUGGUGACAGUCUGAAGAAGCGGCCUGCUUCGGCCAAAUCGCGCCGAGAACUGGACCACGCCCACCUUGGUUACCGACGGAGACCGCACCAUGGGCAUCACCGUCACCAUGCACACCGCUCUGUAUCUCCGCCUCUGUCAGAACACAAAAUGAGAGGAGGAGGUGGAUCUUUGUCCUUCCUGUACCAGGACAAAGAAAGCCUUCGAGACUUUUAUCUGGACCAGUUCCGUCCCAAAGAGGGCGUGCCCCAAUGGGAGCAUGUGGAUUUGACUGAUGGGCCAAGUGGGGGUGGGGCUGGAGGUGGGGCUAAUUGCACUAGCCUGGUGCCUGUAGAUGACUUCCUGAAAAGCAAACCACCAAAGGUGGAGUCUAAAGUGGGAGGAGGGGAAUGGGAGUGUCGAAAUUGCCGUGCGAGCAGUGCAGGAAGUAAACGAAUGGCACAGCACACAGGGGGCGGGGCUUAUGGAGCUGGUGGAAGCAAUAGCUGUGUGGCAUCAGGAGUUGGGGGCGGGGCCAGCCGUCCCACUUCAGCCACAUGCAUGCGUUGCGAAGCUUGUAAGCGUUCAGGCAACUUGUACAACAUCAGCGAGGAUAGCAAUCAUGUAAUUGAUCAGAUAAGUGGGCGGGGUCAAACACCAUCACAGCGGCGAAGAGCAUUUAGCGCGAGACCUUUACGCAGGCAGCAUUCGUAUGAUGCCUUCAUGGACCUGCACAGGGAUGACGAAGGGCUAAGUUUGCGGUCAGGGGGAGGGGCUAUGGAUGAUGUAGGUGGGGGUUUUCUGCCUCCUCGCAGUGUGAGUUUGAAGGAGAAGGAUCGCUGUAUGGAGGGCUCAUUCUCCCAUUUAUUUGACACCCAGCAGUUUUAUAGCCCCGCCCACCACUCCCUGAGUGCAUUCCGUGGGGAAAGAGACCCUUACUUCCUGUCAAAAUCACUCUACCCUGAUCACACCAAUCACAAUCCAUUCGUGCCGACAUUCGGAGACGAUCAGUGCUUGCUGCACGGCGCUAAAACGUACUAUACGAAAAAGCAGCAGCGUGCUGAUCCGAGAAAUCCUUCCGGGAUUUCAUCAUUCCUUCCCUCAUCUCGAUUCACCAAUCAGCACUCGGCUCUCGGGCCGCCGCGACCUUUCAACGGCACCAACGGCCAUGUGUACGAAAAACUCUCCAGCAUCGAGUCGGAUGUGUAGACGCACAACAGGAAGUGAUGGAUGGAACAGUAAACGAGAGGGGGAGGAUGAAUGGCUUUGAUCAAAAGGGCUGAAUGGGGGUGGAGCUGGAGGCGGGGUUAACUGCACCAGCCUGGUGCCUGUAAACAACGCCGUGUUCUUGCACCAAAGGAAGUGAAGAUCAUGCUACCGAGGAGUGAUUAGACAAGUGGCCAUCUGGAAACGUGUGAGCGACUAUACAAAAGAGAGCGAGAGAGAGGAGAGACGACAGAUAAAAUGAUUGUUCACUUUCUCUCUUUCCUGUCCUCUCUCUCUUUUUCCUUUGGGUCAAUGGCGAAUGAGUCAUACGAUACGCUAACAGGGUAAUAAACAAUAACAACCACAAUAAUGCUACCAAUAACAUUGUGAUUAGCCAGGCUGGUACGGAUGUUGCUAAUGCUAAUGCCGAUGAUGUGUAGAAGUCUAUUAAUUAAUUAAUUAAUUUAUCUAUUUAUUUAUUUAUUUGUUUAUUUAUUCUGGUUACAUUUUCACAUUUCAGCUAUUUUACCAUUCUAACAUUUAUAGCUGAGGGACAAAAGCCCCCAUGAACAAACACUAACACACACACACACACACACACACACACACACAUAAUGAGGAGGGGAAAUUGAGGAAGAAAUAACGAGUGAUGGAUGUUGGGAAGUGGAGACACUUGUCUCUGUUGUAAAUACCACUUUCUACACACACACACACACACACACUUCACAUAUAACUUGAUAUUAGGCAUGAGCCGAUAAUCGAGUACAAAGCGCAUUGUGCCAUUUCAUUUUGUUACUACUUUAAAAUAUUGUAUAUUUUGAAUGCUGUUGUGUUCCAUUGUGUAGUAGGCUGCCUAAGUAGGGUGCAUUCUCGGGCAGUGACAUAAAGUCUGUCUCUUUAGCAAGGAAGUUGGCAAAAAGGACUUCAAAGGGUUCUCAGAGAAUCUCGCAAUCCCAUAAUUCUCUUCGGUGGACGUGAAUGAUGCUGAAGGUUUGAGAAACACGGUGGAGAAAAAAAAAUGUCACUUUGAUGAAAGUAAGUAAUUUUUUAAACUGACGAUCGUAAUAAUAUCGUAAAUCAUGAUAAAAGCUGAGCACUUAUCGUGAUGCGGUAAUUUUAAUAUCGGCACAUGCCUCCCUGAUAUACAGGACAGACCUUUGGUACACUUUUUACAAAAUUGAACAAGGUAUAAAAAAAAUAAAAAAAAAUAAAAAAAAUCUCCAAAAACAUACAUAUGCAAACUAGUAGUUAAGACAGAACUAUUACUCAUGAUAAGUGAUAAUAAUAAACCAUAGUAGAUUAUUUGCUUUUAGAUUCACGCUUGUUACCUGAGUAGAGUUAAGAGACAUACUGAUUUAGGACGCUGCAGCUUUAAGAGCCGGCUUUUCUUAACUGUGUUGUGUUUAGGGCACUUUAAUAAGUUUCCCUUAAAUUGUGUUUGACGUGUUUGAAUAGGACACACUCUAUACACACUUCUCAUACUUCGCUCUCUCUCGCACACACACACACACACACACGCGCACACACAUACAGUUGCUGCUUUUCUUCAAUUCAAUUUAGCACCAGUUAGUCCACUUCCAUUUAGGCUGUGUCCCAAAUACUAGUGUUUGAUCCAAAUGUUUAGUUCGUAACACAGAUAUUGAAACUCGAACGGAGAAAGCAUCAUAACUUUCCGCUGUUGCUGCUAAUAGCUUGCUAGCUAAUGGGCUAAUUAGCAGUUAGCGUAUCAGCAUCAGCACAUUCACCUAAAACCUGACCUAUAAAAUCUCUAACACAGCUUUUAAGUAACUUUACACUCUAUGAAAAAGUAUUAUUUGUAAUGAUUUUCAGACUAGGAAAUAUAGGGAGGGUAGGACAAAUAAGUGAACUAGGCAAAAAAGACCAAAGAAAAGGAAAACCAACACAUUGGUGGAGUAGAAAAACUAGGAUGAUAAGAAAAUGAUAAAUCUAGGGGACUAGAACAACCAAGAAACAAAAGCACAAAAAGCUAAGAGCAGUGCCUUGCAUAAGUAUUCACCCAUUGACCUGGUAAAGAGAGGAUUAGCCAGAGAAGCAAAGCCAAGGGAAAUGCUCAACAUGAUGCUACCACCACCGUGCUUCACAGUGUGUUCUCAGGGUUAUGAGCAACGUGGAUAACCAGAGAACCUUUUCCACAUGUUUGCUGAGUCCCCAACAUAAUUAAAAAAAACCCAAAAAAAACAUUGUUUUGUGUAGAUUCAUGACAUAUAAUGACAUUUCCAGGCUUUAACACUACAAAAUAUGGAGAAGUUCACGGGGGGUUAAUACUUAUGCAAACCACAGUAUUGUUGUUUAAUGUCAUGUGGUUUGGGAUAGUGUCCACAAGAAAUGGCUAUGACACUAAGCUUUUGCUAGUGAAUUGGCUAGUUAGUGGUUAGCAUGUGAGAUUAGCGCUCUACAUAAAUCAACACACUUGUGACUGAGGACAGAGACACUAAACACCUGUGACCUCCAGCUCUACAUUCCACAUAACAGAGCUUUAACGUUACACCUUAUUUCACACUCAUCUGAAUGGUACAUCUGUAAAUCAACAUCAAUACGCAGUGCAUUAUGGGUAAUACCCACACUUUCUCAGACACAGCAUGAGACCAUCAGCAAGACAUGAUUUUAUAACAGAGUGUAUCUGUUCUAGUGUUUGGGACAGAGCGUUAAAAAGGCAAACAUUUUACAAAGAGCACUAACUACACAUGAAUUCUAGAUCUGAGACAAAAUGGCUGACGGUAUAGUAAGCACACUAACUAGUGAUUGAUUCUAGCAUUUGGGACAGAGCCGUAGGAACUUUGGCUUUACUUGAACUUGAGCUUAUUUCUCAUGCUAAUGUACUGUAUAAACCAAGGCCUAGCACACCAGGAAUGUUUUACAUACACAAACACACACACACACACACAUACACACACGCACACACAUACAGGUGUGUGUAUGUGUGGUGCAGUGAUGUUGCUAAUUUCACUGUGUUUUUGCCUCCAUAUUUAGCGAUUCACUGUUCACGCUGGAUAAACUAAUUAACACUUAUCUGUGCUUUUUAUUCUAAAAUAUUACACUUUAUUGUUCACACAUUUCUUUUGAGUCUUUAAUCUUUAAUACUGAUAUGUAUCAAUAUUAAUCAACACUUAUCAAUUAUCAAUUAAACUCUUUAAAUGUGGGUGCUAAAUUAGCACGUUUGACCAUUGUACAUAUAAACUGUAUUCUGGUUUGCAAUAAUUGCUGAAUGUGUGUGUGUGUGUGUGUGUGUGUGUUUUCAGUUAUCCAAACUAAUUUUGUCAAUUAAAAAUCCUAACACUCAUCUCAACAGACUGAUUCAUUAAACUGAUUCGGAAAACUAUGAAUCGAUUUAAAGAAUAAAUGUUCAAAGAAUCAUUUUGAUGACUCAGUUUAAUGAAUCACUUUAACAAGUAAUUCAUCCUUAUAUAUAUUACUUAAUUGAAUCAGUUAUCAUUAAAUGAAAGUGAUUUAUUAAGUUGAUUCAUUAGAUGGAUUCACUAAGCUAAUUUGUUAACUGAUUGUUUAAAUGAAUGAAGAAUUAAGAAAAAGAAUCAAUUUAAAGAAUCAAUUUAAUGAACCAGUUUAAUGAAUAAUUUUAGUUAUUUAUGCGCUUGAUUUUGUCAUGUUAUCUGUAUGUUUAUAGUUUAUAAAAUGGCUUUUAGGCAGAACAGUAAGUUUGCAUUUUCUCCUGAUAAUUCUUAUCAUUUUUAGCUUCUUUUUAAUUUAUGUAUAUCAUAGAUAUAAACUUAGAUUUACAGUAGUCAAGGUAUGUUGACAUAUGAGAUAAGAUUCCCUGAUCCUGUCUUUACAUUACAGUUGAACACUGGUUUUAUUCCCGCUUAAGGAAAAUUUGUGUAAAUAUUUAAGUUCAACUGUUUAAAUUUCUUUUCUAUGAUCUUUUUUUGUAGUCAUCUUGAUUGUCCAUUUCACUAUAAUGCUACUGCGCUAUAGUAACAGGAGCAUUACAAGGCGUGCGUGUGUGUUUACGCAUCACUGUAAUAAUCUUUUACACAUUGGCCUUUACUUUCGAAUAUUACCAAAACUUUUGAACAUUGUACAGAAUCUGUAUAUAAUAAUAAUAAUGAUGAUAACGAUAAUGAUUAUGAUGAUAAUAAUGAUGAUAAUUAAUACGAUGAUUCCUUCUUUGUUCUUUUGUAUGGGAAUAACGGCGUAAAUAUGGAUGAUGUAAGUUGAUGCAUCAGGAGGUAAAGCGCUUUACUCUGAUUGGUCGGGAUCAAUAAAACUGGAACAAAGUGUGAAUAUUAAUACAUUAUUAAUAAAAACACUA